AUGUCGGACUUCCAGGAUCCCAUCGACAAUCGCGUCAAACGCGAGCCGAGCGACGAACCACAGAGACGCGUCGACAGCUACCCACAGACCUACCACGGUUAUGAUAGCUAUCACAGUAGACACGAUGGACCAAUACGCGGUCGCGACGACAGCAGAGACCGUGAAUGCAGCCCUUUGACUGAUGACGACGAGCAUGCCGACCGGCAGGACAGCGCGAGGAGCAUCAGACGCGACUUGACCAAGAACUACACCAAAGAGAACGACCCGUACUGGUACCCGGGCAAGGGAAAAUACUCGCAUCCCACCAAGAUGCCCUCGCAGAACCCGCACGACCCCAAACCACGAAACCCGAAGCGCACCCAGAGCUGUCGCACGGAAUCGUCCGGACACCGUCACCAACGUUUUGAGCGGAAGCAUGAGCGUCGAGAGGACGAGAAGGAACGUCUGCUUAGGGGAGACCUUGGAACCCCGCCUCCCGACGCCGGUCCCAACUGGGCGAAGAACCGUAUUGCGACUUUGGAGAAGUACGCGAAGAGGACGAAGAAGAGGCACAAGAAGCAUGAGAAGCGUAUGCGCAAGGCGGCGGAGCAGGGUUAG